CGCCUCUUGAUUGCGUAGUAUGACGCAGAAUAAUAUGUGUCUGUCAAGAUGGCGGCCCCCGUGAGGCUGUUGGUCCGGAGGGUUUUCGGUCGAACUUCCUCGGCCAUCUCCGUCUCCACGCCCGGCAGAUUGCACCUGUCGGCCCACUGCUGGGCGUCGCUGUCCGGCCGAUGUUUUAGCGAUGAAGCGGGAGAGAAAAACACUCAUUUCGGCUUCGAAACUGUCCCGGAGGCAGAGAAGGCGAAGAAAGUGUACAAGGUGUUUGAGAACGUGGCGCAGAAGUACGACUUGAUGAACGACGCCAUGAGUCUUGGUAUCCACCGCCUUUGGAAAGAUGCGUUGCUGCACGCCAUGCACCCCCACCCCGGGGCGCACCUCCUGGAUGUAGCCGGUGGAACAGGCGACAUCGCAUUCCGUUUCCUGAAGUACGUCGCCUCUCAAAAAGAGCGCCGGGCCAGGCGCUUGGCGCGCUCUAUGCAGACGCCGUCGUGGCAGGACAUCUCGGAUAAAUACUCUGGCACCGAGGAGGAGGAGGGUGAGAAAGGUGGACUCCGGGAAUCCAGGGCGGUGGUCUGUGACAUCAACAAGGAGAUGCUGAAAGUGGGCAGGGAGAAAGCCCACCUCAUGGGCAUCAGUGCCGGUGUAUCGUGGGUGGUGGGGGACGCAGAGGAGUUGCCAUUCAAUGACGAUCAAUUUGACAUCUACACCAUCGCCUUCGGGAUUCGGAAUGUCACUCACGUAGAUCUGGCCCUGGAGGAGGCGCUGCGUGUCCUGAAACCAGGCGGCAGGUUCAUGUGUUUGGAGUUCAGCAAAGUGACCAAUCCCGUCUUGGCCAGGCUCUACGAUGCUUACAGCUUCCAGGUGAUUCCGGUUUUGGGGGAGGUGAUUGCGGGAGACUGGAAGUCGUAUCAGUACUUAGUGGAAAGCAUUCGCAAGUUUCCCGCUCAGGAGGAGUUCAAGGAAAUGAUAGAGGAUGCGGGUUUCUCGUGCGUGCACUACCACAACUUGACAGGCGGGGUGGUCUCCCUUCACUCGGGUUUCAAGAUGUGAGCGGGCGACCGUCACGGCCUCUCGCUGGCUCCUUCCGCCUGCCUCAAGUGUUCAAAGCAAAAACACCUGCAAGUGGCAGCACAGUGACUCAUCUGGUUGGAUUGUUGGCCUCACAGUUCUCAGGAUCCGGGUUCCAAUCCCGGACUUGCCUGUAUGGAGUUUGCAUGUUCUCCCCGUGCCUGCGUGUUUUUUCUCCGGGCACUCCAGUUU